AUGCGAUUUCAACUUAGAAGGCUGCAUGCUGAAUCUGAAAGUGGCCGUUCAAAGAAUAUAAAAGAUAGUCCAUCUAAUGACCCUCCUUCCUACUCAGUUUCGACGUCUUCGCUUUCGUCAAUCAAUUCAAGAUCUUUUACAGACCUUGCUCCGCUGUCCAGUACAGACAGUAGCAGAUUGACUCCUCUGAGGAGUGGUACAGACUCAAGAAGACCGAAUACGGCUCCUUAUAGACCAUCGAGGGAACAACAGAAGCAAAUAGAUUUGCUCACCAAGUCGAACCCCCAAUUACCGUUAUCAGCUACGACAUCUAGUGCACACACUGAUUACUUUGAUGUGUUGCCGUCAUUUCAAAUGUUUCAGUCUAUAUUGAAGCGAGAUGAUAACCAAUUUGAAGAAAACUUAUCCAUUAAUCCACCUGAAUAUGGUGAUACAAUGAACUCAUCUCCUACACCACCUAGUGCAUUGUCUCCAGUUAGCUCACAAAGAAACCAUUAUAACUUGGAUACAGUUGUUGAUCAGGUAACUAAUAGGUUAAACGAAUUUCAGUUGCAACGAGAGCAAGGACAGGAGGAGGAAGAGGCUGAGGGGUUUCUCAUAGAGGACAAUGAUUCUGAUAAUGAUAAUGCAUCGAAUUUUGUUAGAUCACACGAGCUAUAUGGUCAUACGGUGUUAGAUAACAUUGAUCGUCUACCAAGGUUAAGGUCAUCGCCUCUAGAUAUUCAAAUAUAUGUUACAAAAGGAGUUCCUAGACCACAUAUGGCGUGCGAAAUGGAAACAAGGCUAAAAGAAUACACCAGCGGUGAUGCUGUUAAUGGUUAUAUUAUCAUCACCAAUAAUUCGGAUGAGCCAGUAGACUUUGGCUUAUUCAUGGUGAGCUUGGAGGGUACUAUCAAGAUUACGGAACGAAAACUAGGUACACAUGAUGCUGCUAAGCCUUAUAGUCGUAUAUUAAUUAAGAAGUUUCUAAAGAUGUACGAUUUGAGUGCCUCUUAUGGUUAUACGGACGUGCCUAAUAGCGCCGGAAUUGAAUAUGAAGCAUUUACAAUAGACGAAUAUGAUGGAUGCCAAAUUGGUCUACCAGAUGAAAGGGUUUUAGAACCCAGAAAAAAAUACAAGAAAUUUUUUACCUUUAAAUUUCCAGACAGAUUAUUAGAUUAUUCUUGUGCUGAUGAUGUUUUACUUCACAUAUUACCACCGCCCUCUAUGGGUAUUGACAAGCAAGCAUUUUAUAAUGGGGCAAAAUCUCUACAAAUCGAUAAAUCCCUAGGUUAUGCCACAUUGAAUGUUCGUGGUACCCCAAUCUUAACAAAGGAUUACAGCUUUGACGACGUGAGCAUCAAUUAUACAAUUGAUGCCAAAUUUAUUGAUAAGUUACAUACAGAAAAUCAGAAGACACCUCUAUCGGAGUCAGAUAUCAACGAUCCUAACUCUGAUUCCGAGUAUGCAAUUUCAAGGAGUAGACAAUAUUUUGUGAGAUUCAUUCCCGAUUUAGAGAAGCAGCUUGCAUUUUAUGACAAAGUAUUGUCUUAUAAUGGAUUUGAUUCUUACGGCACCCUUGGUAUUGAUGGAAGUUUGUUUCAAAAGUAUAAUACAAUGUCUACGUGGGCUUCAAUAAACGAGUUAAAAGCUCAAAUCGAAAAGGAAAUUGACUCGACUUUGAUUCAUAAAGACUUAAGCAGCGAAGAAAUAAAAAACCGUAACCUCGUUAUUAGUAUACCAUCUGAGGAAAAUAGGGGUACCAAAACAGAUCCAAAAGAAGAAAGACUAAAAUUAUCCCUGAAGGUUAGCUAUGACUCCUUUUAUGCAUCGGAGCGAAUGAUUGGGAAUAAAAUUCCAGUCGACAUUUAUGCUAAAAAGAAUGUCUUGUCCCCCUCUAUCAAGAUCGGUGACAUGAAGCUUUUUGUUAAAGUUCCAACUAAUCCUCUUCCUUAUACAUCACCGAGCUUGAUUCAGAAGUUCAAUAAUGGUAGCAUCAGCUCCUCCUCAACACCUGCAGGUGGUGGAAGUUUUUCUAAUAUUAACGAGUUGUACAAUAAGAAUGAUAAGGACCUAAUCACGUCAGUUGAAAUUUCGCUCCAUUUUCUAUCUAGCGACUUUUCAGUACGCCCUCAUGAUAUCAGUAGUAUUGCAAUCAAUGUGGUACUUUGGUCAUAUCAGACAACUUUUCCGUUACCACUUGAACUAGACUACGACUUCUUUUACGCCAAGCAUGAUACAGCCGAAAGGUUGAAUGACAAUGUGUCAAUAACUAGAGAUAAUUUGCAAUCUUUGAAAGAAACCGCAAAUAAAUACAUUACUUACUUGAAGGCCAAUAAAAUUCACAUUUCAAAAAGAUCAUACCAUUACUUGAAAUCCAUGAAAUCACUAGGUAUUAAAAAAGAUACAGUGAAGGAUUAUUUCAAAGCCAUAUACCCAUCAGACUUGGCAUCUUUAAAGUCAGCGUGGAGUGGAUCGCAAAGCUCUGAGGGUGUUCUUUGGAAGAAAAAACUUACAUUACCGUUGACAACCAUUAAUAGAAGCAACAACACAAUAGCGCCUUCUUUUCAGACUUGUCUCGUAGGACGGUUAUAUUGUCUAGAAGUUUCGGUGAAAUUUAAAGGAUCUGGUACAGAUCAAAGAGAAAACUACAACACCGUCACAGUUGACGUUCCCAUAUUAGCAGGUUAA